AUGUGCGGCGCUGCUGCUGCCCGCUCGCCCUCGAUGGCGCUCCAGCGCCUGCCGGACGCCCGGUUUGAGUUCCCCAUCGGCGCCGGGCUGGAAAACCUGAUGGCCGACAUCUAUGCAUACCUGGAGUUCCUGCCAGAUACUGUAGCCGUAGAGGCCAAGGCAGCGCUGGCGCCGCUCAUCGAGCAGCACGUGCGGGAGCUGCACGCGCGAGGCCCCACCUCCGCCGCCGACAUCUCACCCUCCCGCUUCACCAAGAUGGCAGAGGCGGACGGCGUGGCGGUGCAAGUGGUGGUCGUCAAGCACUUUUAG